CCCGCACAGAGGAGCAGUGCGCCGCGCGGAGCCGGGAGCCGAGGCAGCGAUGAUCAACAGGUACUCCAGGAAGCCGGUCUCGAACGCCCGGGAGAUUUGUGGCCUGUCUCGAAGCAGCAUAGAAAAUCACCCACUGCCAGAGCCCCUGGAGGAGCAUUUGUCACCUUCUCCCAUCCCCAGCAUUAAGGACACAUAUUCUACCUGUAGCAGCGAGUCUGAGACUUACGAAGACACCAGCAACCAGACUCUCCUGGGUGAUGUCAGAUUCCCCUGGUCUGUUAUCAACAGUUACACAGAGACUGGAAUCUCCACAGAGUGCAGCUCGGUCUUCUCCUGGGGUGACGAUGAGUUUGAGAAGGCAGCCUCGCAGCAGGUCCAGCAGAUGUUCUGUGAGAUUGAAGAGUUUCUGUUUGAGGGAAAGAAAUGCUCUCGUAUAGAAGGACUGGAACAGGAGUGCCAGGAAUGGAAAUCCAGCUUCCAGCACUUUCGGAUUUUGGGGACACAAGUGAUGGCUCCUGUUGAUGAGGCUUAUCAGUGGUAUGCCAGCUCUGUGACAGGGACUAACACAUCAACACCAGCCAACAGCCCAGGCCACGAGAGAGAUGCGAAUGAACUCUUUAUUGUCGGUACAAAAGUGUUGCUGUCAGAUGCCCCUCAGUGUAAAAUAGGUAUUUGUACGCUUUCUGGAGAAGAAGAUGAAGAGGCAGAGAAUGGUGUGAUUAUAGCAGAUGGUUUAGUGGAAGAAUACCUUGCAUUUGAUCACAAAGACCUGGAGGAUGAUUGCUAUGAGAAGAGGAUGAGCCUUGCCUUGCAGUGUGAGAAUAGACUGGGGAUGCCUCCAGUGUCCCCUGUCCAAUGCACAAGGAGUGCAAUUAUGGCAGAUCUCUUUGAUGAAGUGUGGAGGGAGGUUAUGGGCUGUAUGAAGGAGCUGAUCCGUAAGCACUGGGAAGUGCCCAUUUCAGAUGAUGAGAGAGGCAUCGCAUCUGUGGAAAAUGUACGAACCAUCCCAGUGAAUUCAGCUUUGCCUCUUGAGCUGUUUCCACGGGCACCACAUUCGCAGUUGCCUGCUUUCAACUCCUAUUUACUCCAGUCUCAGGGGCAACGAUUGCAAGGAGGGGCCGUACAUCGUACUCUGAACAGUUUAAAGAUUCAAGGAAUUUCCCUUCAGCAAAGAACCUCUCCACUGCCCGAGAAGACACAGGACCCAGAGGAGAGGCCUUUACUACGACCCUAUUCAAGUACCGUGUCUUCAAACCAAUUCCGUUCCAGUCGCCAACUGCAGCAAAGCACCUCCUCGCUGUCUCGGCCAGUCCAGUCUGCACGGAGACGCAAACUUCCUCGCACGCUCCAUCCCAUAAAUUCCAACCUACCUCGUUCAGGAACUCCGGUCAGAUCCAUGGACAACCUGGUCCGGGGCACACGGCUAUCAACAGCAAGUGACCGACUUUCAACCUCUGCAUUGCCUCCAAGCCGCAACACCCUGCUCCCUCCAAUCGUCAGCCCAGAGACCGAGCACUUAACUACAAUGCCAAUUCCUCGACUGCAGAAAAUGCGAGUCUACGCUAACCGAGCACACAGUGCAGUUAUGGAUGAGACAAGCCACUUACUACCAAGAGACCGAUUCCUCGGGGAUGAGUACUACUCCAGGCCCAGUACGACACACGUAUUCCAGUCGGAGACCUCUUAUCGCCGGUCGUUCACUGUUUUGGAUAAUGCACAUCAGAUGCGUGUUGGCAGGGGAUCUGCAGGGCCAGAUUCUCUCAGUAUUGGAGUGACUGGGAUCAGCCUGAGUGUGUCCAGCUCUUCUCACCUGGACAUGUUACCCCAGCACAGCCUCAGGCAUUCCGCAACUGAGACUGAGGAGGCGGAAGUCAAGCAUCAGCUGUCACUUGGUCCCCGGGUCACCCUCCCUAUGCGACCUCACAGCCGUGGAGGAACAAACUCCAGGAGCAGAAGAGAGUUGUAGCAAGUUGUGCAAAUGGAUGCUGCCCUGAGAUAACAGCCUGCACGUUUUGACUCCUGUGUUUGGGAUCAUGAGGCACCUUGUUCCCCUUUGUGCUUCAGGAGCCUGGCGAGUGGCAAGAUCAGUAGAGGUCAUGAGGGGAGGAGCAGAGUGUGUAGGGUGUACACACAACAUGCUCUGCGUAGGUACAAGAGUGAGCAGAAACUCGGACCUCAUAAUCGCUUAUAUCUGCUGCAAGGGCCCCCCCCGUGAAACUCUAUAUGACUGAAACUUUCACCUGCUGCGGCAGCAGAUACCUUGUCCUGAAUUCUUGAUGUUUUCAAUGAUGGAAUCGUGUCCAAUCUAAUCCGCGGUGUUGGUUUUACCUUCUGCUUGGCAGGCCAGCACUCAGUAACCAGCACGCUCUUCCCGAGUAGCUAUGGGGAGACAAAUCCACUCCCUUCUCCGUUUUGGAAGAGGCUGCACAGUUGUGUGAGGUGAUCUGGACAUGGUUGUUGUUGAUUGCAGUAUCUGUUAUGUGCAGGUCAGUCAGAGCACUGACACUGACAGACAGUAUUACAAACCAGCCAUUGGUGUGUCUUUAAGGUAAUCCCCCCUCCCCCCCCACCCCCCCCCACUGACUUUCGUUCCUGCUUUCGCCCUCUGUCUGUGGGCACCCCAACAUAUGAGGCUUUGGAGGCUCCGGAUCUCUGUGGGGCUCUCUGAAAAGGCCACUGACAGCUAUGUGAGCAGCCUGAGAAAAACAAGGUCUCACUCUCUGUGGAGCUCAGCACUUUUGCUUCUUGAUGGCAAACUUGUCUGAGACACUUGACUUGUGAGACCGAUUCUCAGGUGUGUCAUCUGUCGGUGAGUGUGAGACACACAUACACGGGAGACAUUGAAGUUCAGUGUGGGACACACACAAGGGAGACACUGACUAUGAGUGAGACACUGACUCAGGGAGAUGAUGUGUGUUAGCGAGGUGUCUUGUGUAAACUGGUAGGACAGUCAAUGGUGCCAUUUUUACUAGAAAGAUUUUUUGGGGGAAAGUUUAACCAAAGUAUUUUGUACAACUGGAAAACGUGAAAAUAGGUUUUGACAGGGAAGGAUGGAGAGCAGGGAAUAAUACUGCAUGUGGUAGCAUUCUGAUUGGCCUUGGUACAAUCAUUGAGCCUUUGUACUGAAAUCCACGCAAGUAACCUGAAAACUCAGCUGAGAAAAGGAACAAACUUGGCUUUUUUUCCGGUGAUUUUUGGCUACAAAUCUACUCCUCAAAUUAUUAUCGUGUCUUAUCCCCCCACCCACUCCUCCACAAGUCCCACCCGCUCCUUCCCCCCCAUCCCACUACCACUGUUUCCCUCCGGGCCAAGGUGUAUACUGUUGGGCUAUGUCACAUGUCGAGCCACUGCAUGGAGGUGAGCUUUCAAUCUUUCUGUAAAACGAUAGAGCGGGUGGCUAUGUAACUGCAGCUGGAUAUGUCCCAGUACCUGGUGAGCUUGUGGUGUAUUCACAGAGGCCUUAGGUUUGUGGACACACCCUGAGCCAUACUGACCUGGAAUUGCACCCAGACCGUGGUGAGUGCUGUCCCACUGCAAUGUCAUCCCACUGUCAAGUAACUCACUGGUCACGAGUCACCUUGGAGACAGUGUCUCCUUGGAGCUGAGCUGGGGAACAGAAUGUCUGUUGGGGUCUUGGUAAACCAGUUCUUGAGCUAGGUGGGUCCACAGAUUCCAGGGCACUGCUGAUGACAGCACAGCGCAGCCUGGCUCAUCGGCAG